AUGUAUUUUAAAAUAAAAAAGGCAAAACAAUAUGUUGGCCAGCCAAUCCAGUGUUGGGUUCCAGCAGAAUUUUCACAUGCAUGGGAGCAAUAUGCAGAGAAUUAUUGUUUUGUUUACAAUACUUAUUGGGUAAAACCAGAUGAACAAAUUCCUCGUCCCGUGGAUGAAAGAGUAAAUCGGCAACUUUUUUAUUAUCAAUGGGUGCCUUUUUUGAUGGCAUUGGAGGCCGGAUUUUUUUAUUUUCCGGUAAAUUUUCGUUUUAAAUAUCUACAUGAAAUGCCCUACUUGGAAUAUCCUACUUUUUAG